UUCUUGGCCACUACGAAAAGCAAUCAGCAGGUUAAUUUCUCUCUCCAUAUUUUCUCUAGGGUUCCCAAUUCUUCCCACCGUCAAUAUCCUUUCAGUGGGAAAUCUUUCUCACACUUAGACUCAGAAUCAGGUCUUUGAUCCAUAGCUGAACGGAAAAUGGAAGGUGGAGGUGAUUUGGAUGCGAAGAUAGAGUCGCUGUUGAAUGUGGAGAAACAGAUGAGACUUGCCGGCGAUGUAUCCGGGACUAGGAAGGCUGCUACUGAUAUAUUGCAGCUUUGUUUUGAUGCUCGUGCUUGGAAGACACUGAAUGAUCAGAUUGUUCUCUUGUCAAAGAGGCGUGGUCAGUUAAAGCAGGCUGUAACUGCAAUGGUCCAGCUAGCAAUGCAAUAUAUUCAGGAGACACCAGAUAUUGAAACUAAGAUUGAGCUAAUUAAGACCCUUAAUAGCGUAUCUGCUGGAAAGAUAUAUGUUGAAAUAGAGAGAGCACGUUUGAUUAAGAGGCUUGCAAAGAUUAAGGAAGAACAAGGAGAGAUAGCUGAGGCGGCUGAACUUAUGCAAGAAAUUGCGGUGGAGACAUUUGGUGCAAUGGCAAAAACAGAAAAAAUCGCCUUCAUUCUUGAUCAAGUUCGCCUCUGCUUAGAUCGCCAGGAUUAUAUGCGUGCACAAAUUCUUUCUAGGAAAAUCAGUCCAAGGGUUUUUGAUGCUGAUACAAAAGAAAAGAAAAAACCCAAGGAAGGUGAAAAUAUUGUGGAAGAAGCUCCUGCUGAUAUACCAUCCCUGUUGGAGUUGAAGAGGAUCUACUAUGAAUUAAUGAUAAGGUAUUACUCGCACACCGAUGAUUACCUUGAAAUGUCCCGUUGCUAUAAAGCAAUAUAUGAUAUUCAAUCAGUGAAAGACGACCAAGCUCAAUGGGUACCGGUAUUAAGGAAAAUAUGCUGGUAUUUGGUUUUGUCACCUCAUGAUCCCAUGCAGUCAAGCCUUCUGAACUCCACUUUAGAGGAUAAAAAUAUUUCAGAAAUUCCUCAUUUCAAGUUGCUCCUGAAACAGCUAGUUACAAUGGAGGUUAUAAACUGGGCUGCACUAUGGGAUAUGUUCAAAGAUGAAUUUGAGAAUGAGAAAAACAUGCUUGGAGGCCCUUUAUCUGAUAAGGCAGCUGGUGACCUUAAACAGAGAGUGAUAGAACAUAACAUUCUGGUUGUCUCGAAGUAUUAUUCAAGGAUUACUUUGAAGAGACUUGCACAAUUGCUUUGUCUGAGUGUUCAGGAAGCGGAGAAGCAUCUGUCGGAAAUGGUGGUAUCGAAAGCCCUGAUAGCAAAGAUCGACAGGCCAAUGGGAAUAGUCUGUUUCCAGGCAGCUAAAGAUAGCAAUGAGAUAUUGAAUUCAUGGGCCUCAAACUUGGAGAAGUUACUUGAACUGGUGGAGAAGAGUUGUCAUCAGAUCCAUAAAGAAACCAUGGUCCACAAGGCUGCUUUGAAGGUUUAAUCACUUGUUGCUUUUUCGGUGAGUUUAUUAUAACUGCUCUAUUCGAAAACUACUAGAGUUUCUAAAUUAUUCCUUCCUUCAGUUAUUUCAUAUUACUUGCCAGCAGUAUUGAUAAAUUAACUAAAACAAUCUGUGACAUUUGUAUUCUGUUUUGUUACCUUUUAGGUUUUGCUAUUUUGCUGAUUACUUUUCAAAUUACCUGGAUAGUACAAUUUGGUCAUAUACUAUUUACUCAUGAUACUUUGCAUGUUCUGGAUUAUUAUUAAAUCAUUUGUUUGUUCUUCA